UAAACAUUUACAUUUUACACCCGUGGAAACGUGAGAUUAUUCCUUGAACCACAUCUUCUAUUGUAAAUUCCGACCCACCCUUUUCGAUUUUUCUGCAAAUUAACCGAAAUUCUGAUUUACACGCCUCCUGAUCUUCAACAAUCAUCAUACUUUACCACUUACAAAUGAGGAACGCAAUGCAAAUCAUCGAACACUUAGUGUGCUUCCUCUAAGUUCCACACAAUCAACAACUUCAACAAUGGCGGCAUCUUUCUCUCUAAUCCCUUCAUCCUCUCUCAACUUCAUUCGAGACCCUUUACCGUCUCCUUCACCCUCCGCGUCAUCCUCUUCCUCUUUCUUCGGUGGUGGAACACUCUCGUUCACCCGUAGCAGCAACAACAGGAGUUUCGUCUCUUUCUCGUCGCCUUCGCAAUUCAACAGGAAGAAGUACGGCAAGCGCGGUGGAGGAUUUUGCGUAUUCGCGGCGGCGGAUUAUUACUCUACGCUUGGAGUUCCCAAGUCUGCCACGGGUAAAGACAUUAAAGCCGCUUAUCGAAAGUUAGCUCGCCAGUAUCAUCCAGAUGUCAAUAAACAACCAGGAGCUACUGAAAAGUUUAAAGAGAUCAGUGCUGCAUAUGAGGUUCUAUCAGACGACAAGAAACGAGCCAUGUAUGACCGAUACGGUGAAGACGGACUUAAAAGCACAGUUGGGGGAGGACAAGCUGGCGCUUAUGCUACAAAUCCAUUUGAUCUGUUUGAGACAUUCUUUGGGACUAGUAUGGGUGGUUUUGCUGGUGGUGACACAACCGGAUUUGGAGGACGCCGUGCCACUACUGUUAUUAAAGGUGAAGAUAUACGAUACGACAUGAUGUUAGAAUUUUAG